AUGGUAAAUAAUUACACUAGUAUGUCAUGAUCUUUCUUUACUUAAACGUGGAAAUUUCCAUGGGGACUUUAUUCUGUUUCACGUAAAUAUCUACUCGGUCUUUUGGUUUUCACAGCAAGAGAAGUCAUGUAUUGAUGACGUCACGUGUGCCAACGGCUGCUGCAAAAACAAUCCGUGUCUCAAUGGAGGAACCUGCUCUGAGGUCUGUGAGCCUACAGGCAUUCGGUACAGCUGUUCCUGUGGCGCUGCCUAUGGCGGGAGACACUGCCAGAAUUCGCUACAAAACUUUCAGGACCACAAAGCAGCCGGAUCCAAUUCUUCUGGAUUAUAUACAGUUAGAUAUGACAGUAAUCAAGCUUUUGAAGUUUUCUGUGACUUUAAUUCAGAGCCUGGGUUUGCUUGGAACCUGUUUGAAUCAUUUAAUUUGUCCAACAAAGAUCUUAUUUUGUCUCCACUACACAACAAAUAACACAGUAGUGUACACCAAAUAAGUUUAUUUAGGGAAGCCUGCCGAGAACCAACCCGAGGCAUAUAUAGCCCGGGGAAUGCAUACAUACAUAUCUUCGCAACUGAUAUACCAUAUACAAUCCUGAUAUACAGUCAAUUCCUUACACAUUAAAAAAAGAUAUACGUUACUAACAUGCAAACUUCACCAAGUCUGGAUUAACAGAGAUGGGCAACCGCUUACAAGGACAUAACUACGGUUAUACAGAGGCCAGAAAAAACCUGCCAGAAAAAACCCCUUUGGGGAAAAAACAUGACAGGAAAUCUGGGUAGGAACCAUGGCCCAAACUCAGAGCAGUUGGCAGCCCAUCCUACGAGGCUUCACAGCUAAAGAAAAUAUGUUUUCAAACUAAAAUAAAUUUGUCAUCAGCCAGAGGUGAACGGUUGGUUCUGAGGCCUAGAUGGACAUCACGUGCCAUACUUUCCCUUAUAUACCACUGCAUCAUUACCCAUGAUGCUCGGGCCUAAGGCCCAGGCCUUGUCGUAUCUCGUGCCGACAAAAUAUCUAUUUCUGCCUUAUUCGCAGACUCAUUCGUUAGAAAUACCAUUUUCAGGUAUUAGAUAUCUCUUAAAAGCAGCAUUCACUCUCUCUCAAUAAAUUCCAGCAAUCAAGGCUGUAAAUAAUUUCAUUUACAGUUAAGAAGGAUACUUUUGACUUGGCUAAUAAACAAAUGUCGUAGAACUGAUAACCUCCUUCGGAAGUGAUCCUACCCUUUAGAAAUUGCUUUAUGAGUUGUGUUUAGAACUGCGACGAUAUGCCCCCCGGUAAACGUAUUCAUAAUUUCAACCAACUCGAAUUUACCUUCUCUGUCGUCAGAAAACAACGUUUUCUAUGUUGAUUACCCAGAGAUCAACGGUGACUCCCCAAAUUGGCAGGCGUACCUUAUCAAACGACCCUAUCUCCUCUGGCUCAGAGAUCACUCGACUCACUGGAGAGCUACUUGCCGAUACAAUACAGAUGGCACCGUAUAUAUAGAUUACCUGAGAGCCUCACUUGAAGACUUUGACAUUAUCAAGGAGGUACUCUCGGUGGUAGAGACUUGUCGUCCGUACGAACAUGUCAACAUCCGGGUAAAUGAGUGUGUAAAUUGCAUCGCACAAACAUGGUAUAAGAAAGGGUUUUGUCCUCUGCAUAUCGACUCUUCUUACACUCUUCUACCCUGCGACUUCAAUGGAAGUAAGGCGGACCCGGCUAUUCCCGACGAAGACAACUUUGGAUUUUACUUCACUACAAAUACUUAAUUCCGUUGUAGCACAAAACUAGGUGAUACGACUCAGUUCUGGAUUGGAGGCAAAUAUUAGGCUGAACAAACAACGUUUAAGGGGGGUCUGUGUGUGUGCAGGGGAAAAAGAUCACUCCAAAUAGCGAUCUGUUUUGUGACUUUUGUGCCGUUAGGAAAAACAAUCGCUGAGUAGACAGCCUGAAAACUUACCAUAUUUUGUUUCCACUGAUUUAGAUGUACAGCGAGGCAAAGCCGAAAAGGUCAAGCGGCAAAUAAUUAGGAAAAUGUCUGUUACCAUUGUUCAUCUUUUUUCCAAAAAAAUGUGAAAGAGGAGUGUCCAUCGGAAGUGUAAAUUUUUGAUUCACUUUUAUCAUAACAAUCAGUUGUGAGUGGUGAGAAUCUUUCGGGAAAUUCAGGAAACGUAACAAAUACAAUUUAGUGAUUUAUUAUAGGCCAGGGAAUGUAUUUUAGCGUUGAUAUUUGUUGCUGCUAAUCUUCAUGAGGAGAGCAGAUAUUUCAUUUUGAAUGAAAAUUGAUUGUUAAUACUUCCGUCGGAUAACAUUUAAAUAGGCUUUGUGCAUGGUAGUUCAUAACCAGUUCCAGCGUCUAUAAUUUUAUUUUCAAAUAUUUAUGCGGUCUACCAUUACCAUUUUGUGCUCAUGGCUGUUUCAGUAAUCUUUUAUAACAUCAGCUUCCAGCUACAGCUUGUAAAUUGAAUUUUCCUUACUUUUGCACCCGUGUAAUUUCGUCAACUACGUGCUCAAAAUAAAUCUCUGAAGAGUUGUUGUAAUAAAGUUCGGAUAUAACGCGCACUGUCAUUGGUUGAAACAGCGUGCCCCAUCAGAGGAUAGAACAUAGGGCAAGAGAGGCAGAGCUGUCGCACCAACUGCCAAAUUGUACUAUGUCCAACCAUUUCCCCGAACUUCUCUCUAUCUUUUUUUCGUUAAUUGAAAGUGAAAUUUCGGAACAAGUGAUUCGGCAAAUAGCAACAGAAGAACUAAACUAACGAAAUUGACGUUGCUAUAGCGUGAGCAGAGAUGGAAAUCCUCAAAGAGAAAAGGAAAUGGACAGUCCGAGUUUUGAAGGUUUUCACACCUAGUUAGAUUGCAAGCUUACGUACGGUAAUAAAAAUCAAACACAGCUGCUCUCUUGUAGUGUAUAGUUUCGUGUUCAAAAACGUAGCAUAACGAAACAGGAAUGAUGAAAAGUACCGCCAAACUGGCAUAACUGUCAAAAUUCAUACUAAUCAUGACGAUGUCAGAGUGACUGCGAUCAUGCUGCGGUCCAUCGCGGCCAGCUCAUCAUAGUGAUCUCGGGUCAUCGCAGUGAAGCAAGCCUCCCUUCGAGUGAACAACUAAGAGCUUGCUCUGAUAUACUUUCCGAUGCGUUUAGUGGAAGGCCACAUUAGUCUCAGCAGCGGAGUUUUACGCUGUCAUCCCAAGCAACCUUUAUAUUCCAGUGAAUUCGGCUGUAUAAAGCUUUUUUUUCACCAUUUUUGACAGCUUUAGUCUUGUUCAACCAAUCAGAUUAUUUGAACCAUUCUAACAAAGAUUCUGGUUGGCUUAUUGUAGCGUGCUUUAUGAGAAUAAAGAGCAUGCUGACGACAUCGUUGUUCACUCUGGAAAUAAAGUUUGUUUCGAAAAUUGAAAGCAAUGCGUGGGGAAUUUAACGGAUUCUUUAUUAUAAAGCAAGUAGAGAAGCCUUGACUGUGCUCUGUUCUGCUCUAAGGCUCUUAGGAAGCGGCGAGUGCACUCAAGAAGUGGGGAGAAACACUCGACUACGUAUAGUCUUUCUCCCUACGCUUAUUUCGUACUCCAACCGCUUCCUGCGAGAUUUACAACAGAACAGAGCAUAGUCAAGGCUUCUCGAUUUGUUAAAUAGAAAAAUGAUUAAUUACACGCGAUUCAGUUAAUAUCAAAAUUUGCGGUUGAAAACUGUGCGUCAGAGGAGUCAUGAAGCGCGUCAGAAACAAAACCGAAUGCCCCCCCAAUACGGCAAUAGGUUUUCCGAGCUCAUGUUCAGAAAUGCAUCAUUUUUUCCAGACAGAAAUGUUCAAACGUUCAAAUUUGCCUCUAAUUUCUCGAACGAAGAUCUUUCUCGGAUAUUUGCCCCUACCUUAAUUUUACCUUACAAACAGAGUUUGUGACAUUUAGAGUUCACCACUUAAUUAAAUUGUUAAACUGGACUCACGGUGGGUUUGUCUUAAAAGGAGUAUUAUCUCUUCAUUAUCGCUCCUAAAUCACUCUUGUCAUUAUGAUCUUCCUUAAUUGAUUUUUGUAUGGUUUUAAUCAACUAAAAUCAACUUUCUCUGUUUUCAUACAAUCGUGUUCUACGUUGACUAGCCAGCGAUCAGCGGUGAUGCCCCAAUUGGCAGGCCUACUUUAUCAAACGAACACACCUCCUUAGGCUCAGAGAUCAUUCGACUCACUGGAGAGCUUCUUGCCGAUACAAGACAGGUGGUACCGUGUAAACAGAUUGCCUGA